AUGUGUCACUCUGCCACUGGCACCCUAAGCCCUACCACCAUAACCGGACUUAGGGAUGCUCCUACUGGAUAUGCUGCAGCCCAGUCCAUUGAGAGACUCCUGGGCCUGCAAGAUAACAACUGGGUGCUGCUCUGCAAUGGACCUGGUGGGGGCAGGGGCUGGGCUGACAGGGAGGAGGGGAAGUGA